UACUUUUUUUUUUUGUUUUUGUGAUACUUCACGAAGGGUAAAUUAGUGACGUACUAUAUAUCGGUAUAAAUAAGAGAUUGAGCUAGGGUUCAUGUGAGCCGGAAGUGAGGGGGAAGUGUAGCUCUUCAGCCGCUCAGUCAAGAUGGGUAUCUCCAGAGAUUCCAUGCACAAGAGGCGCGCCACUGGUGGCAAGAAGAAGGCUUGGAGGAAGAAGAGAAAGUAUGAGCUUGGUCGCCAACCUGCGAAUACCAAGCUCUCAAGCAACAAGACAGUAAGGAGGAUUCGAGUUAGAGGAGGCAAUGUUAAAUGGAGAGCCCUGAGAUUGGACACAGGAAAUUAUUCAUGGGGUAGUGAGGCUGUCACACGCAAGACUCGUAUUCUUGAUGUGGUUUACAAUGCUUCAAACAAUGAGCUUGUAAGAACACAAACUUUGGUGAAGAGUGCAAUUGUUCAAGUGGAUGCUGCUCCAUUUAAGCAAUGGUAUCUUCAGCACUAUGGUGUUGACAUUGGCAGGAAGAAGAAGACUGUUGCUAAGAAGGAAACUUCUGAGGAAGGAGAAGGUGCUGCUGUAGAGGAAACUAAGAAGAGCAACCAUGUCCAAAGGAAGCUUGAGAAACGCCAAAAAGAUCGGAAGCUUGAUCCCCAUAUAGAAGAGCAGUUUGGUGGUGGUAGAUUGUUGGCUUGCAUCUCAUCCCGUCCUGGUCAAUGUGGCAGAGCUGACGGGUACAUAUUAGAGGGUAAGGAGUUGGAAUUCUAUAUGAAGAAGCUCCAGAGGAAGAAGGGCAAGGGCGCCGGUGCGGCAUAAACAUCAAGUUUGUCAAGUUUUUUGCUUUCUAUUUUUUGGGUUAUUUCAGUUUUGGUUCCUUUUUAUGUUUUAGAAUGUGAUUUGAUACGCUUUUCAUAGUCUGCCCAAAUGAAACACAUUUUGUUUUGAGGGA